AUGCUUAAUGCCAGUGGCUUUGGGUGGGAUGCUGACUUAAAAAUGGUUGUCGCUACAGAUGAUGUCUGGGACGGCUACAUUGUGUCUCACCCAUACUCCGAGAGAGUGCGUGGCAAAUACAUUGACAAAUACAAUGAUUUGGCAUAUAUGUUUGGUAAUGAUUGUGCUCAUGGCUCAUUUGCUAGCACAACGUACUCAUCUCCUCUUUUCAGUAGACGUCGUGGAAGAGAUGAACUCGAUUCUGAUGAUAAUAGAACUAAAACUGUUCACAUAUCUUUAGAUGAUGAGGAUGACCAUGUAAGUGGUGCGCCAUUUCAUCUCAACGAGGGAUCACAACAUCGGUCCCAGAGGGUCAAUAAAGGGCCUAUGGAGACCUCGCUUGGGUCUAGAAAUAGUCAAAACACCGCUACUGGCAUUGCCCGAUGA